AUGAAUAGAAGUUGGAUUCAAGCACCGCGCAUAACUGAAGAGUAUGAAAAGGGGGUACAUGAUUUCUUGGAAUUUGCAAAACAGCAUGCACCAGUGUUGGAUGGUUUAUAUUUUUGCCCAUGUGUCAAAUGUGUUAAUGGAAGGCGUCAGUCAUUAGAUAACAUUAAGUCACAUCUCAUUUGUGACGGCUUCAGUUGGAGUUAUACAAAUUGGAUAUGGCAUAGUGAAUUGCCAGACAUGUCCAGAGAUGCCGAGACUGAGGUGGUACAUGUUGAAACCGGCGAUCGAAUGGAAGUCAUGAUACGUGAUCUUGGCCAAGAGGGAUUUUUGGAAGCGCAUGCACCCUAUCAUGAUGACUUAAAAACUAAUUCAAAGUUGUCGUUGUACGAAGGGUGCGUAAAUUUUACUCGAUUAUCGGCAGUGCUAGCUUUGGUCAAUUUGAAGGCUAGAUUUGGGUGGAGUGACAAAAGUCUAACUGAGUUGCUUGUGUUGUUGAAGACGAUGCUUCCUAAAAAUAACAAGUUACCCAAGAGUCACUACGAAGCUAAAAAGAUAUUAUUUCCUGCGGAAAUGGAGUACCGAAAAAUUCAUGCAUGCCGAAAUGAUUGUGUGUUGUAUAGAAAACAAUUUGCUAACUUGCAGAAUUGCCCGACAUGUGGGGUAUCACGAUACAAACUAAACGACGGGGAAAGCACUAAUGAUGAUGGCACAAGAAACCCUCGUCUAGUAAAGGUUUGUUGGUACCUUCCAAUUAUACCAAGGUUUAAGCGAUUGUUUGCUAGUGAACACGAUGCUUCAAACCUCACAUGGCAUUCAGUUAGCAGAAUCAAUGAUGGGUUACUCCGACAUCCCACUGAUUCGCCACAGUGGAAGACAAUUGAUCACUUGUAUCCUGAAUUUGGAGCGGAACCUAGAAACCUAAGACUUGGUCUUGCUUCAGAUGGCAUCAAUCCAUUUGGUAAAUACAUUAUGUUGUCUAUGAUGAUAUCGGGUCCAAGACAACCAGGAAACGAUAUUGAUGUCUACCUGACUCCGUUGAUUGAAGACUUGCGGAAAUUGUGGGUGGACGAGGUUGAUGUGUAUGAUGCCAAUCAGGGUGACACCUUUAGCUUGCGUUCGAUGAUAUUUUGCAUUGUCAAUGACUUUCCUGCUUAUGGAAAUUUGAGUGGGUAUAAUGUGAAAGGACACCACACAUGUCCAAUUUGUGAGCAGAAACGAAAAGCAUUUAAUGGAACCAAUGAGCCUGAAGGUGCCCCAGAACCUUUAGCUGGCCAUCAAGUGUAUGAACAUGUGAAAGACAUUGUUACUGUAUUUGGUAAGACACAAUGGAAGGAUCAUGCAGAAAAGAACAUUUGGAAGAAAAGGUCGGUAUUCACUAAUCUUCCUUAUUGGACCAAACUACAUGUUCAACAUUGUCUCGACGUAAUGCAUGUGGAGAAGAAUGUGUGUGAUAGCUUAAUAGGCACCCUUCUUAACAUCAAAGGCAAGAUAAAGGAUGGUCUUCAAUCCUGUCAGGAUUUGGUGGACAUGGGUAUACGACAGCAAUUGCAUCCUCAACCACAAGGUCGCCAAACGUAUUUGCCCCCAGCAUGUUACACAAUAUCAACAAAGGAGAAAAAACAAUUUUGUCAUUGUCUAAAAAAUGUUAAGGUACCACAAGGAUACUCUUCCAAUAUCAAGAGCCUUGUGUCAGUUAAUGACUUGAAGUUGGUUGGGUUGAAAUCUCAUGAUUGUCAUGUCUUAAUGCAACAGUUGCUAGCAGUAGCCGUUCGUGGUAUCUUGCCUGACAAAGUUAGGUUUUCCAUAACCCGGUUGUGUUUUUUCUUUAAUGAGGUCUGUAGCAAGGUUAUUGACCCAAAUAAACUUGAUGAUUUGGAGAAUCUUGCCUCCAUUAUCUUGUGUGAAUUAGAGAUGUAUUUUCCUCCAUCCUUUUCUGACAUUAUGAUUCACCUAAUUGUUCAUCUUGUACGUGAGAUCCGGUUGUGUGGGCCAGUAUUUUUACGGUGGAUGUAUCCUGUUGAACGUUACAUGAAGGUGUUGAAAGGAUAUACAAAAAAUAGAAAUCGACCAAAGGCUAGCAUUGUAGAAAGAUACAUUGUUGAGGAAGCAAUUGAGUUUUGUUCAAAAUAUAUAACACUGUGA